AUGCGCUGGGCUCUGGGGGCGCAGACGGCAGCGGGUGGUCACGGGACAGCUGACGAGGCUCGUGUCUGCAGGGCUGUGGCAGGCUCCAGCUAUCAGCCAGGUGGCGCAGACAACUCUGGACUCCCCACGCUGAGCAACAGGCAUCAGAGGCACUGGAAGCCUGAUCUGGGCGUCCCCCUGGCCCGCCUCGCAAAAUGUGACGGCUGCUCUCCGGGAGACCGACCAGGCCCCCGAGAGCCCUGCACCCGCCGCCUCUCGCGUGAGGAGCGUCCUUUACAGACGUGGCUCGUGUCCGCCAGAGCCUGCAGGCCGGGUCCUUCAGUCGGCGUCACGUUCAGGUCCAACAGCGCCCCCCGCUCUGACAUCAUCGCCCCCCACCCGAGUGCCCCGUGA